AUGGUGAAAAAGAAAAUUGAUAAUCGUAUACGUAUAUUAAUUGAAAAUGGAAUAAAGUCUUUCAAUCGUUCUUUGAUCGUCAUUGUUGGCGAUAAAGGUCGUGAUCAAGUUGUUAUUCUUCAUCAUAUGCUUUCAAAAGCUCAAGUUAAAGCACGUCCAACUGUAUUAUGGUGUUACAAAAAAGAACUUGAUUUUUCAACUCAUCGUAAAAAACGUAUGAAACAAAUGCGUAAACGUCAACAAGCAACAGGUUCGACUGGUGUUGGUGGUGAUGAUGAUAAUCCAUUUGAAGUUUUUCUUUCUUCAACACAAAUUCAUUAUACAUUCUAUUCUGAUACACCAAAAAUUCUUGGUCGUACAUUUGGAAUGUGUGUUUUACAAGAUUUUGAAGCUUUAACACCAAAUUUAUUAGCACGAACAGUUGAAACAGUUGAAGGUGGUGGUUUAAUUGUUAUACUUCUUCAAACAAUGCGUUCACUUAAACAAUUAUAUACAUUAACAAUGGAUGUACAUGCACGUUAUCGAACUGAAACACAUCGACAAACUGAACCACGUUUUAAUGAACGUUUUAUAUUAAGUUUAUCAUCAUGUGAACAAUGUUUAAUUGUUGAUGAUCAACUUAAUAUAUUACCAUGUUCAUCAAAUACAAGUUUAAAUAUAGAAGCAUUACCAUCAAAAACUGAAGAAAAUAGUUUAACAUUGGAACAAAUUGAAUUAAAAAAAUUAUGUUAUUCAUUAAAAGAAACACAACCGAUUGGAAAUUUAAUUGAAUGUUGUAAAACAUUAGAUCAAGGAAAAGUUUUAUUAAAAUUACUUGAUUCAAUAACUGAUAAAGCAUUUCGACAUACAUGUUCUAUAACUGCAUCACGUGGACGUGGAAAAUCAGCAGCACUUGGAUUAGCUAUUGCUGGUGCAAUUGCAUUUGGAUAUUCAAAUAUUUAUGUUACUUCACCGGCACCAGAAAAUUUAAAAAUUUUAUUUGAAUUUAUUUUAAAAGGUUUUAAUGUACUUGAUUAUCAAGAUCAUAUUGAUUAUGAUAUACAAUAUUCAUCAAAUGAUCAUAAAGAAAAAAAUAUUAUUCAAUUAACUAUUCAUCGACCUAAACAACAUCGACAAGUUAUUCAAUAUAUUCAACCGAAUGAACCAUCACGUCUUAGUCAAUGUGAAUUAUUAAUAAUUGAUGAAGCAGCAGCAAUACCACUUCCACUUGUAAAACAAUUAUUAACUGGUGCAAAUUAUUUAAUAUUUCUUUCAUCAACAAUUAAUGGAUAUGAAGGUACUGGACGAUCACUUUCAUUAAAACUUCUUGAACAAUUACGAAAACAAAGUGCUGUUUUAACAACAGCAACAAAAACAACAAAAACAACAAAAACAACAACAAAUAAUCGUACAUUAAAUGAAUUAGAAUUAAAUGAACCAAUUCGAUAUGGUAUUAAUGAUCCUAUUGAAUUAUGGCUUAAUAAUCUCCUUUGUCUUGAUUGUUGUCAAGAUCCAUCAAAAUUCAAUAAAGUAACUAGUAGUGGAUGUCCAUCACUUGAAUCUUGUUCACUUUAUUGUAUAUCACGUGAUACAUUAUUUUCAUAUAAUGAAUCAUCAGAAAAAUUUUUACGUCGUUUAAUGUAUUUAUUUGUUUCAUCACAUUAUAAAAAUUCACCAAAUGAUCUUCAAAUGUUAUCUGAUGCACCCGGUCAUGAUAUUUAUUGUUUACUUGGACCAAUAAUUGAUUCAAAUCAAUUACCAGAUAUAUUAUGUGCUAUACAAGUUUGUUAUGAAGGCGAUUUAUCAAAAGAUAUUGUUGCACGACAAUUAACACAUGGACAACGAGGUUCUGGUGAUCUUAUACCGUGGACUAUAGCACAAACUUAUCAAGAUUAUACAUUUGGAAAAAUGUCUGGUGUUAGAAUUGUUCGUUUAGCAACACAUCCUGAUUAUCAACGAAUGGGUUAUGGAACAAAAGCCAUACAUUUAUUAGAAAAAUAUUUUCAAGGACAUAUUGUUAAUAUUGAUGAAUAUAAUAAUCUUGAGUCUUCAUCAUCACCAAAAGCUGAUCAAGUUGAAAUAAUUGAUGAUGAUGAUUUACCAUUACUUAAUGAAAAACUUCAUCCACGACGAGGUCUUCCACCAUUAUUAGAAAAACUUAGUGAACGUCGUUUAAAACAUUCAAUUGAUUAUCUUGGUGUAUCAUAUGGUCUUUCAGCUGAUUUAUUAAAAUUUUGGAAAAAAAAUCAAUUUUUACCUAUAUAUCUUCGUCAAACAGCUUCAGAACUUACAGGUGAAUAUUCAUGUAUAAUGCUUAAAACAAUACAUCAAUCAAAUCAAGCACCAUGGUUAUUUUCUUAUUAUCAAGAUUUUCGUCGUCGAUUAAUAUCAUUACUUGGUUUUCAAUUUCGAAUUUUUACACCAGGCAUGGUACUUAAUUUAAUUCAACAAGCUGUUUAUCCAGAAAUAAAAGAAGAAUUUACAGUUUCAUUAAUUGAACAAAAUUUUACUGAUUAUGAUCUUCGUCGUUUAGAAUCAUAUACAAGAAAUUUAGUUGAUUAUCAUUUAAUUCUUGAUCUUAUUCCAACACUUGCAAAAUUAUUUUAUUUAAAUCGUCUUCCGAUACAAUUAACUGUUGUUCAAAUGGCAUUAUUAUCUGGUAUUGGACUACAAUAUAAAACAAUUGAACAACUUGAAAAUGAACUUAAUUUACCACAAUCACAACUUUUAGCUUUAUUUAAUAAACUUAUUAAAAAAAUUAUUGAUUUAAUCAAUUCAGUACAAGAAAAUGAAUUAGGAAAAACAUUUGUCAAUUCAUUAGAUACUGCUAAUAUGCAACCAUUAGAUAAAUCACUUCGACAAGAAUUGAAUGAAGUUGCUGCAACAAUUCGUAUUCGUCAAUCAGAAGAAUUAGAUCGAUUAAUGCAUGAUCAACAAUUAACAAAAUAUGCUGUUAAUGGUAGUGAAGAAGUUUGGAAAGGAGAAUUGAAAAAUAUAUCUGAUCCAGGUGUAAUUUCAAUACCACGGACAUUAAACAAACGAAAAGAUAUUGAAAUCGAAAGUCAUUUCGAUUUGUCGAAACAGAAAUCAAAAAAGAAAAAAAAUAAAAAAAAAUAA